AUGGAGCUCACUUCAGCUGACACGCUCUUCAAUAUCACAACAGAAAGCAACAUCAUCAUGAACCUUGACAACGAUCCGUUUGGUGAAGAUUUCCCUGAUGCUUCACCACAACAGUUUCUCAACUGCAAUAACUUCGCAACAAUCAGCAUCAUCGUAAGAUACAUCUUAUGCAUCCUGUUCAUGUGCGCCAACAUCUUCUUGGCUACAGUUAUUCUCAAGUUUCCGAGUUUGCAAACCAGGACCAACAAGUACAUUUUUCAUAUGUGUAUUUUAUAUACUUCGUUUUACUUGCUUCCGAUAUUGUAUGCUAUAAUACGAAUGUUUAUAAGUUGGAAAACUGACGGUGCCACAUUGUUUGUGACUCUUGAUUCUGCACUUUGCUUAUACAUAACUGUCGCCUUUCUGUUAAGUGUAGAUUGGUUUGUUUUUGCAUUAGUACCUCACCUAGAAGACGAAUACGAUAAGUACUUCAAUAAUGUUUUAGUAGGGAUUUAUAUUGUUUUUAUGAUUGAAUGGAUAUAUUCAAUAGCUUUUCACGAAAAUUAUCACAGAAAUGUUACUAGACCAUUAAGAUUUGCUUUACUUUAUUUAUUGUACAUUUUGCUAUUGACUGUAAUGAAUAUCAUGAAGAAGCGUAUGUCAGUAGACUUUAUGCCAGAAGACCGAGAAUAUGCUUUCACAGUAUCAAACAUUACUCUAUUCAGCUUCUUGCCAACUCUAAUUUUUCACAUUGUAGACGAGUUACUCCAUCAUCUGGAUCUUAAGUUUUAUCUUUAUCUGUGUUACAUAGAGCCAUUUCCAUCUGUAGUAGCUAUGGGCCAUCCAGCGUUAGUUCUGUAUACUUUGUAUAAGAAGGACAAGCGCUUUAAGAUGGCUUUUGACAAAAUGUUUAAAAAGUCAAUGAGAAAUUAUAGAGGCGCUGACUUAGAUGCAUCCUUAGAUGAUGAUUCUGAAAAUAUGCAAACGAAUAGAAAUAGAGUAGUGUAAAUAACACAGAAUUGGAAAAGCUCCUUUGUUAUGUUCUGCAGACAGCGUAAAUUUUUCAAGCUAAUUGCUUCCCAGUCGUAAAGUAUAUAUUUUUGUUUUAGUUUUUUAGAAGCAUGGUGCAAAAAAUAAUUUGGACAACUCUGUGAGACAUUAUUGUGGCUUCAAUCUUGGUGGCUCUUGUAAGUUGAAUAGGAUCUGGGUGAUGCUGGCUUCUCCGACCUCAACCAGUUGUUUCAUGCUUUCUAGCAAUCAUCAGCACAGUCUAGGUUUCGUCGUUUUGAGAUCAUAAUACUGAAUUUAGACUCAUAUUCGUUUGUCUGCUUUCCGUCAUCUGUAUUCAAAUGUCUCGACUUAUAAACGCACUGACGAUUACUACAAAGCAUAUCCUAUCUUAAUCUCCCCUAAAUGUUUAGAAAACUAUACAUCACAGAAAAAGUUUCAAAAAAAAAGUUGUAGAGUUUCGACGGUGCACGAUGAUGGUGGGCAGUACAAUAACCGCAAGGUCGGCAGCGAUCUUUAAGGUGAUCACAAGGUCAAGCGAAUAUUUUCAACUGGAACUCUCCCUUUUUACACCGGAAUUGUAUAGAGAAGGGAAUUUUACGUUCGAGUAUGAUGUUGACUGUGACUAUCACCACAACCUUCAAGGCAAUUUCAAAGAUAACUCAUCACAUUGAAAACAAUUUACUGUAGCAAACAUUUUUGUCAACAUCGAGGGUUUAUAAGUAAUAUUCAAGUUUGACAAGACCUUAACCAUAACCAGGUUAUAGUCAAGGCCAUAUUUCGUCAUAAAAUGAAGGGCUUCCUUAAAAAAUGUUGACUUGACCUGGACAGCCAUGGUCGAGGAUAUGUCAAGGUCACCUUUGGAUGACACCCACAAGCCGCACAACUGUCGAACAUUUUUGCCAGAGUAAUGUGUUUUCAAUGUCUUGAGUUGUCUUUGAAAUUGCCUUGAAGGUUAUGGUGUUAGUCAUCGUCAAGAUCAUACUCCCCUUCUCCAUACAGGGUAAAUAGCUUUCAAUGUCUUUGUUUGAACAUGAAAUGACUUUGAAAUUCAUGGUUAUGGAUAAAAGGGGAAUCCAUUCAAAUUUAUUCGAUUCACCUUGAAAUGACCUUAAAUGUCGUGGUGAAGGUCCUCCUGAAAGUCCUACAACUUUUUUUUCAUGCAAGAUUAUAAUGGGACUCCUGUAUAAGAUUGUUAAUGGACGCAAAUAUAUCGUAUUCAACCUGUGUCUAGCUUAUGCAACCUUUGAAUAGUACUUCAAAGCUAACAGUAUGAUCAGCACUUACUACUCCUCUGAGUAGAAGAGAAGAGAACACUAUCACUGAGGGAAAUUGUGGUUUCCUGCUGACGUACGUAGGGGUCGAUAGUACCGUGGUGGACGAAACUACUCAGAGGAAGCAGUGUCAUGUUUAUAUUUUGACCUUUUAUGUGUCAGUAUUUAUGGUUUGGAUAAACUGAACCUGUCACUUUGACAUAAAUAAAUGCUUCUGUACUAUACAGCCUUAUUAUAUUACUG